CGAAUGUCUGGGUAUAUGAGCUGUCGAAUCUCUUUCUCAUUCGUUACGCAAGCAGGCAGAAAUGAGGUACGACUGGACAUUUACGAGCUCGCUUGCGUCUUGCCGAAACGGCAUUGUCCACUGCGAGACUUCGCGCCCAGCUCCACCUCUGCUCUCGCGCAGCGACCACGCAACGCUCAUUCAUAUGAACACUCCGACGGCGCACGACCAUCGAAGCGAGCUAGGCUCUCCAGGACUGGUUCCGGAUAGAGCAGCGUGCUCGCCCGACGAGGGAGGGACGUGUCCGAUCGCGUCAACGGGACUCGAAGCUCUGCUCGUGCCUCUUUGCAGUGCGCGAGGAUGGAAAACGUCAAGACGUAGUAAGGGCGAAGGGGGCCAUGAUAAAGCAAGAGAAAACGCGGAAGGGGCGGGAGGCAAAACUCCGCCUUCGCUAGGAGCGGCAUCAAAACUAGCCGACUUUUCUAUUUGCUUGCUGAAGGGCGCGUGCGCCCCUGCACGCGCAGAACAGCCAUGAUCCCCCGAUUCGCACGCGCCAGAGCUAUUGCACGAC